CAAGAGUACGAGAAGGCAGCAUACGUCCACCCGGUGGUGCUGUGAUAUUGAGAGGUCAUACAUUUCCGAAAAAGAAAGAAAGCAAACGAGGAAGCCAGGAUGUCUGGAGAGCUGUCCCUCAGCAUAAACAUCAAGGAGCCACGAUGGGACCAAGGUACAUUCAUGGGGCGCGCCAAGCACUUCUUCAUGGUCACAGAUCCCAGGAACGUCCUGCUGUCCUCUGAGACUCUGGAGGAGGCCAGAGUGAUCGUGGAGAACUACAGAGCCGGGAUCGUGAAGCCUGGUCUGACGGAGGAUGAGCUCUGGCGAGCAAAGUACAUCUACGACUCCGCCUUCCACCCCGACACGGGCGAGAAGAUGUUUGUGAUUGGGCGGAUGUCUGCUCAGGUGCCAAUGAACAUGUCCAUCACAGGGUGCAUGCUCACCUUCUACAGGACUACUCCAGCAGUGGUGUUCUGGCAAUGGGUUAACCAGUCCUUCAACGCUGUCGUCAACUACACCAACCGCAGUGGAGAUGCACCCAUCACCGUGAACCAGCUCGGUGCAGCCUAUGUCAGUGCUACUACUGGAGCUGUAGUCACUGCCUUGGGACUCAAGUCUGUAGCUUCGCGUCUCCCUCCAAUCAUCAGCCGGUUUGUCCCCUUUGCUGCUGUUGCUGCUGCUAACUGUAUCAACAUUCCCUUCAUGAGACAGAGAGAGUUGAAGUACGGUAUCCCUGUGAUGGAUGAGAAUGGAAACAGGCUAGGAGAAUCUGCUAAUGCUGCCAAGCAGGCCAUCGUGCAGGUGGUGGUGUCAAGGAUCGGCAUGGCAGUGCCAGCAAUGGCUAUCCCCCCUGUUAUAAUGAAUUCUCUGGAGAAGAGAGCGUUCAUGAAGCGGUUCCCAAUUCUAAACGCUCCAGUCCAGGUGGGGCUCGUCGGUCUGUGCCUGGUGUUUGCAACUCCUCUGUGCUGUGCCCUGUUCCCGCAGAAAAGCUCCAUGAGUGUGAGCGGACUGGAGGCAGAUCUUCAGGAGAGGAUACGACAGACCAGUCCCCACACCACCACCGUCUACUUCAACAAGGGCCUGUAGGACCAGAUAACUAUGUCUUUGCACACACACACAAGACAUACAGACACUCACACAGAUAUACUACACAUGUAUUUUGUCCUGUGGGCACAAAUGGGAGAGCAAAACAUUUAUUUAUGCAUUUUUUGUUGUUGUUGUGUGUACUGAAGCAUUUGUGGGGUUUUUUUAUGUGCAACAGUGGAGGAUGAUGAUUAAUUUACGGUUUUGAAAAAGAGGAUCUACUGAAGGGAAAACUGAACACUUUGAGACGGACGAUCACUGGCAGUUCUCUCUGUACAUAGAUAUCACUCCUUAGACAAGAAAAAAAUGACUCCUGGUGUUUUUAUUUUUAUUUUUUUGUGUGUGUGUUGUGGUGUGUUUUCUGUCUUCCUUUGGUCAAAACUGCCUGUAAUAUGGCAGUUCAUGAAGUUACUGAUUUGUGUUUGACUCACCAAUGUUUCAUGUUGCGUUCAGGUUCAUGCUAGUCCUCUGAGAAAUAAUUAAUUACUCCAGCUUAAAAUGAAGGCUUGUGCUUCUAAGUCGUGUAUGUUAUUGCUUCUGAAUGUCACAUAAUUGUUUUUGCAUUUCCAGUUCUUCCCUUGUCAUUUAUCGCAUUAUUCUGUUUCUGGAAGUAAUAUUUUAAGCUGUUAAACAUUGACUGCGGUAGGUUACAGUUGUUACACUUAAACUGGACAAACCAUUGCGUUAAUUAGCUCUAAACAGUCCAGCCCCUGGUGAAUAAGUUCCUCUUUUGUUGUACUCUGCCUCCUUGUUAACUGCUGCAGCUUUUUACUCUCUUCAGCUCUCCUUUAAGUGUACUUAUGCCCCUUCAUAUUCUUAGACCAGGUAAUGAGGUGCUAGGUACAUGUGGCAACAAAAAUAUGUAGGAAUUAUGUUACAGAAAGUCACAAAGCACAGCCGCAGAGUACAUUAGUUAACACUGGUGAGUGUGAUCUUUGUCAGCGUAAAUAUGUACUGUUGCCAUGGCAGUGGCAGCCUGUUUUUCAAGGCCUUUUAUCAUUUGAAUUCACUUUGUGAACUUGUGCGGCCGCUAUCUUUAGUAGCAUUUUGAUGAGUUGUUUGAUUGUUGUAGGUGAUGGUGCUUGUGUGGUGGAAAGGAAUGUCCUGUGUUGUGUCAGCGUGUGGUUGCUAAGAUAAAAUGCUGUGAUCAGGCCUCGGACAAAAAUGUACUGCUGUUGUCAUGCGGAAACUUUCUAACUCCACGUGACCUUAAGGAUAGCAGGAGCAGCUUGGAAGAAGUCAGGGUGGUUUGGUGGUCAAGCAGAGCUGUCUAAUUAAGUUUGAGAUAGCAGGGUUUUCUUGUGCAGCAAAUAGCUAGCCACCUGCAAAACUGUCUCAUGCACUCGAGCCAUUGAUGUUCCAUUGUACCAAAUGACAGUAGCUAAUGUGUGACAGAGUCAAAUUACUAAAUGCUUGUAUCCAGGUCAGGGCAGUGGAUAAUUGUGUGCACAGUCUUUGUUGUUACGUCGUUAAAGUCGGACAGUUUGGCUGAGUUUGAGCUUCUCUGAUCAAAUACGUUCACACUGUUGACCAAGCUCUCCAAACGCACAACUGUCCAUUGUGGGUAGAUAGUAAUGAUUGUGUCUGUGAGGAAUAAGUAUAUUUUUCUUGGAUAUAUUUAUAAAUAUAGUGUGCAUAUACAAAUCUCUCUUUAUAUAUAAAUAUAUGAUGUAUAAUGUAAGGAGCACAUAUGCAUGAGGAAUUUUAGAGAUUUUAACUUGGAGGUGUGCGUCUGGUUGUGAAUCCACCAGAUGGCCCCACAUAUGCAUCAGAAAACAAUGUCAGCUGCUUGUGUUACGGGAGGACAGAGGGGUGUAAUUUAUUGCAAAGGAGCGAGUGCUCCUCUUGAUUUAGGGCAAACGAGCUCUCAGAUUAGUUGAGUGUUCCUCUGGUUGGACUUUACUAUGAUUCACUGUUGGUUUCAAGCGAUGUUUUGUGCACACAAAAAAAAAACAACCUAAACCCAACAGUAAGAUUGUACAGUCCAUGCUCGUACUUGAAUACAUCUCCAUCAAGCAUCUGUAGUCACUUGAGUUUAUGUUUCUGAAAUUUAUGGUGGUACAAUCUUUCAUUGAAACUGGUUGAGUGUUACAGGACUGUGGCAACUUGCAAUUGCAUUUUUACGAUGGAACUUCUAUACAGACAGAAUUACACAAUGACCAUGCUUACGUGUGAUCUUGAAAUCUAAUGGUUUCACUCCAAAAUCCUGUCCCGAUCAUUUUUGAAGAUUGUUCUCACCUGAGAUUCUUAUUUCUAUCCUUAGAUAGGAAAAGAGUAUCUUGACAUGACUCCUAACUUCUGUAGGAAAUGUGUUUGUAUCACUUUCAAAUGAUUUCAGUGUGGUGUGAAACUCCUCUUUCAGCUGCUCUUUUACUCAUCGUUUUUCGUAUUUUCAUAUGAAAAUGUGACUCCCAGACGGGAAUCAAACUCUUUCUGUAUCGCCCGUGUUAAUAGACAGUUGGUGCUGUCUGAGUCCCCCUUGCCUCCCUCUGUAACACCGAGACAUAACCACACACACACUGCAGGACAGUGUUUCAGAGUUAGCAUCACUACUUUGUUCCUGUAUCUGUGACUACAUCAUUAAGACAUCUUUUUUUGUGCUACAGUGCUGAUGGUAGUUAUUGUGAGUGUUGCGCUUUUGGGGUGUUUUCCUGCUGAGGGUAAAACUGCACUAUAUAACCUUUGCUGUGCUGCUGUAGGAGCUAGUUGGAUUUGUGUUGCUAUUUAAACUGAGCUUUUUAAAAAUGUAUAUUGAGGAUUGUAUUUGUUUGUUGUGCUGGAUAGCACUGAAUGAAUCACCGUUACUGCUAAUUCAUAAUUCAGUCGUGUUCUGCUGCUUUUCAUUUCUCAUGUGGCUCAGUUUCUGCUUUUUUUCCUUUAUUUUUUUUUCUGCUCUUUGAAUUACAGCGCAGAAAUGUCAAGAACAAAACUGGAUGGUUUUAGUGAGCAUUUAAACACAUCUGUAAGCAUGUAUCUCAGCGUGUGACUGUGCUUUACCACCGUCAUGUGUCGCACCCACAGAUCCAGCCAAAGAUGAGACAGGUAUGAAUUGUAACAGGAUUGAGGGAAAGGAGUGUAUAGCUUUUAAAGUUUGUGUUUCAGCUUUAUCGUAUGGACCUUUUUGCCAGGCUUUUCUCAUGCAAAAUUCGCAUUUUAGUUUUUUUUUUUACAGAAGUGAUCCUCAGUGCAACACCAAAUAUUUUGACGUCACAAAGCAUCAUUAUAAACACAAAGUUAGGAGAUUAGAGAUAGAAAUAAAUGUUUAGUUAACAAUCAUACUUUUAGCAUCAAUUUUAUUGACUCUACAAUAAAAUCUCAUAACCAACUUGACUUUUUUCCACAUAGCAGCAGUGAGUUUUGGCAUGUUUCGUUUGAGCGCCCACCAAUUUAAACUUGGGUUGUGCAUGCCAUAAAAAAAAAAAAAAGAAUACUGACGGCACAAAUGUAAAGACAAUCCCCGUUUGUUUUACACUCAUGAAUGUUUUUGG